AUGGAGCACACGUACGGGGAGGUGAACCAGCUGGGCGGCGUCUUCGUCAACGGGCGGCCGCUGCCCAACGCCAUCCGGCUGCGGAUCGUGGAGCUGGCGCAGCUCGGCAUCCGGCCCUGCGACAUCAGCCGCCAGCUCCGCGUCUCGCACGGCUGCGUCAGCAAGAUCCUGGCCCGGUACAACGAGACCGGCUCCAUCCUGCCCGGGGCCAUCGGCGGCAGCAAGCCGCGGGUCACCACGCCCAACGUGGUCAAGCACAUCCGAGACUACAAGCAGGGCGACCCCGGCAUCUUCGCCUGGGAGAUCCGCGACCGGCUGCUGGCCGACGGCGUCUGCGACAAGUACAACGUGCCCUCGGUCAGCUCCAUCAGCCGCAUCCUGCGCAACAAGAUCGGCAGCCUCUCGCAGCCCGGCCCCUUCGAGGGCGGCAAGCAGCCGCCGCCCCAGCCCGCCCUGCCCUACAACCACAUCUACCAGUACCCCUACCCCGGCCCCAUGGCCUCGCCGGCCGCCAAGAUGGGGGGACACCCCGGCGCGCCCGUGGCGGCCGCCCACGUCAGCCUGCCCCGCUCCUGGCCCUCGGCGCACUCCGUCACCAACAUCCUGGGCAUCCGCACCUUCGUGGAGCAGACGGUGGGGGCUCUGGCUGGCACGGAGGGCUCUGCCUACCCCCCCAAAAUGGAAGACUGGCCAGCUGAACAGGACGGCCUCCCCCCGGCCCACGCAGUCAACGGCAUCGACAAGGCUGCCAUGGAAGGAGAUAUCAAAUACCCGCAGCCCGCCCCGGGGCUCUCCUCGGUGGGCAGCUUCCUCCCGGCCUGCGCCUACCCCCCCUCCAACCAGCACGGCGUCUACGGCGGCGCCGGCGGCUACAUCCCCCCGGGCCCCCCCUGGCAGCCGCAGGGCAGCCCCUUGGCCCACCACGGGCCCGGCGUGGCGGUGCACGGCGGCGACCUGGCCACGGCGAUGGCCUUCAAGCAGCCCGGGAGGGAAGUCGUGGACAGAAAACCUGCCAGCCCUGUGGGGAAAUCUCCAGACCCUCUAAAUGCCAUCCAUGGACUCUCUAUCCCAGCCUCCUCUUCCUAG